UCUCUUCUACGGCUGCGUUUCGAUUUCUGAAACUUGCGGCCUCAACGUCUUUUGCUCCAACCGAGGAUCCCCUCCUGCGCCAGCUCGCAGACCCUUUAUCACUAUAUCCAGCAUGGCUGAUACCAUGCGCGACGAGGAGAAGGGCCACCGCGCCGCUCCAGCCGUAGAAUCGGUCUCGUCUCCCUCGGAAACCGGGAAAGAAAUGGCCUCCUACCCUUCUUCAGGGAAUGCCUGGACGAGGCUCAACGCUCGUAUUCAAUCCAUCAAAUUCCUCGAAAGCCGCGGUAUUGAGCGUGUCCCAGAGUCUGAGCGCCACGCUGCCUCAGCAUCCAAUUACAUGCAAAUGGCUUUGCUUUGGUUUAGUACCAACAUCACCGCUAACAACAUCGCAAUCGGAAUGUAUGGGCCUCUGGACUAUUCUCUGAGUUUCGUUGACUCGGCGCUCUGUGCGGUGUUUGGUGCUUUCCUUGGUGCAGCAGGUGUGGCGUAUAUGGGAACUUUUGGACCGCAGAGUGGUAAUCGAACUAUGGUCGUCGCAAGAUAUUUCAUGGGCUACUACCCGAGUAAGAUCGCUUGUCUUUUGAACAUUAUCAUCAUGUUGGGCUAUGGAAUGAUCGACUGCCUCGUGGGUGGCCAGGUGCUGUCCGCGGUUGCUGAUGGUGGGUUGACGGUGGUGGUGGGAAUCAUCAUUAUUGCCAUCAUCACGUGGAUCGUUGUGGUCUUUGGUAUGGCGCCUUUCCACGUGUACGAGCGAUGGGCCUGGGUGCCUCAACUCAUCGCCAUCUUCGUCUUGGUCGGCAGUGCCGGCCCGAAAUUCGACACCAACAUCAAGACUACUGGCGACCCCCAGACCGUCAACGCCAACCGUCUCACCUUCUUCUCGCUCUGUCUCUCCAGCUCCAUUGCCUGGGCCCCUGCUGGCGCUGAUUUCUUUGUCUACUUCCCUCCCACCACCUCGAAAUGGAAGACCUUCACCCUGACCCUGUUCGGUGUCGGCCUUGCCCUCUCUUUUGCCAACCUUAUGGGCGUCGGCCUCGCCAGUGGCACGCUAACGAACCCAUCCUGGGCGGAGGCCUACGACACUUCUGCUGGAGCUCUCAUCAUCGCUGGAUAUGACGGUCUCGGCGGAUUUGGCAAGUUCCUGGGCGUUCUCGUCGCCCUGGGUCUGAUUGCCAACAACAUUCCUGGAACCUACUCUGCCACCCUGGGCUUCCAGAUCAUGGGCCGUCACCUUGGCAGCCUUCCCAGAUGGUUCCUCUCCUGUAUUUGUGUGAUCAUCUACACUGCUUGCGCCCUGGGUGGCCGGAACCACCUCUACGAUAUCUUCGAGAACUUCCUUGCCCUGAUGGGCUACUGGGUGACCAUCUAUUUGACCAUCGCUUUGGAGGAACACCUCAUUUUCCGCCGCACCCGUGGUUUCGACUGGGAUGUCUGGGCCGACCGGUCCAAGUUGCCCCUGGGUCUUGCUGCUCUGGCUGCGUUCCUGAUCGGCUGGGCGGGUGCGAUCGUCUGCAUGGACCAAAUAUGGUAUGUUGGUCCGAUUGCCAGGAUGGUUGGUUCGGACGGCGCGGACCUGGGUAUCUGGGUGGGUGUGUCUUGGGCGAUGCUGGUGUUCCCGCCUCUGCGCUGGUUGGAGCUGCAGAAGAUUGGUCGGUAAAUGAACUUUGCAUUGUCCCGGAGAAAAAUAAAAAGAAUAGAGGUUAUGGGAAGCCUGUGUCCUUAUGUUUGAGACAUGAGGGACGAUAA